AGGGAGAGAAAUCGAGAUUAGCCGAUCAGCUGGAAAGAGCCUGGAUCAUAUUCUCUUUGCAGCCUGAUGGAUUACGCAAAGAAAUCUUUGGGUCUUCUCAGCCCCCGAUCGCUUUCCAAAUGUGUGUCGGCCAGUGCUUCCGUGACCCAGCAGCUGUUGGCUGGUCCUGCUCCCCGUCCGAGGCCGUAUCGAGUGAACAACUGUGAGCGUACGCUGCGAAAAGGAAUCAUGGCUGAGAAUCUGAACGACCUGCUUGAGAAAGUACGAACUGCUCUGGACUUAGUGGGACCCAUCACCCUUGUCUUGGAUGAAGACGGCACCAGCGUAGAAUCGGAGGAAUUUUUCCAAAUCCUGGAGGAGGGAACGGUAUUGCUGGCCUUGACUGAAGGACAGGUGUGGCGUCCAGCCAAGAAAGCCGGCUACCAGCUCUCGCUGUCCCACAAGCCUCGACGUCGGAUUGACGUGGCCUGCAUCACUUUCGACUUCUACAAGACCAACCCCCAGGAUUUCCUUGGCUCUUUGAACAUCAAAGCUACUCUCUACGGAACCUACAGCAUGUCCUACGAUAUGCAAUGCUAUGGGGCGAAGAGGAUGAUGAAGGAAGCUCUCCGCUGGACCCUUUUCACCAUGCAAGCGACAGGUCACGUCCUGUUGGGCACUUCCUGUUACAUGCAGCAUUUGCUGGACGCUCCGGAAGAACCGAAGGAAGAAACGUUGCCAUCGUCGUUGCCUCCUUCUAUCGCUCUCCCUUCCUCUCUCACCCGGAGAAUGUUGCAGUGAAUUUGGGAUGCGCGUGUCUCCAAGGGACAGAGAUAUUUUCUGCACCCCCACCCCUCCCGCUGCUACGGACUCCGAACGCCGGGAGGGUUGACCUCCUACACGUAAGGCACCCACAUGAGAUCCCGUAGAGAGGGACGGGCACCCAUCUGCACUUGCUGGAGUUAAAAAACAAAACAAAAACACAGCCAUCCUCAAGACAUUUUGACGUUGUAAUAGGAUUCUAGGCACUUCACCAUUCCUUCUAAGUUGUAACGUGCUUUCUUAUUCUUCUUGUCCAGCUCUGCAGCCAGAAUUGAUGCCGCAAUAGGCCAAGGUUUCACCUUUCCUUAUUUAUAUAUAUAUAUAUAUAUAUGUAUGUGUGUGUGUGUAUGUAUGUAUUUUUCCAACACGCACAGGUAAACGCACAGCCAGCGUGACACCACGUUGACUUGUUAUUAUGACACUGUAAAUAUGUGAAUUAAAAAAAAAAGACAUG